AUGUCGGCCGACCGCUCUCACAGGGACGACGAUGACAUAACCCACCCACUCGACGACGCCAACUUCGAUACCCCCGAGAGCCACCACCACAACCACUACUCCCCCGAGGCCUUCGACUUUGGCGAGCUCUUCGGCCACUACAGCGCCCCCGCCGACGAGGACCACCUCGACGACGUCUACCGCGCCCCGCCCGUGCCCUACUCCACCGGCUUCUUCGACCACAUCCUCAAUCCAGCCGGCCUCGACCACGGACGCUAUUCACCCUUCGCUUGGCGCCCCUACAGCCCAUUCACCGGAGACAUGCCGCCCGCCACACGCGCACGGCCUGACCGCCUCGCAAAUGGCUACGUCGACCUCACAAGCGCUCCCGAAUCACCGCCGCGGAGGAGGAAGCCGCAGUCGCCCACCCCGGGCCCCUCAGCAAAACGCCAGAAGCGGGACGACGGCUCAGCUACGGAAGUCAAGCAGCAGAGCGCCGAGCCUGAGAAGAUUGAAGAGCUCGACUUGACGGAGCAGAAGACGCCGCUGCAAGAAGCCCUGCAGAAGCAGCGGGAAGAUGCUGUCAAGGCGCAGGCAAAGCCAGAGGAGACCGUCACCACCUUCAACUCGUUCAACUGCGUCAUCUGCAUGGACAACCCUACAGAUCUUACGGCUACUGCAUGUGGCCACCUCUUCUGCCACACGUGCCUCAUGGAAGCCCUCAUCGCUGGCGAGAACCGCACCGGGCCCCACGAAACGAAGCGCUCGCAGUGUCCCGUCUGCCGAAAGACCAUCAGCCGGAAUAAAGCGACGGACGUCAUACCUCUGCUGCUGAAGAAGGGCCUGGCUACACAGCCGAGGAAGAAAGUGGUUGCACCGGCUGCAGCACCCGCACCCAAGGUAGCUUGA